GCGGAGCGGAGCGGGGGCCGGCCCGGCAGAGCUGGCCAUGGCGGCGGCGGGAGCGGGAGCGAUGCUGUCGGGACUGUCGGGACUGUCGGCGAGGCCGCUGGGCGCGGCGGAGCCGCUGUCGCUGGGCUCGCUGCGGGGGCAGGUGCUGCUGGUGGCCAACGUGGCGUCGCUCUGAGGCACCACCACCCGCGACUUCCUGCAGCUCAACGAGCUGCAGCAGCGGUACGGCCCCCGCGGGCUGCGGGUCCUCGGCUUCCCCUGCAACCAGUUCGGGCACCAGGAGAAUGCUACGAACGAGGAGAUCCUGCUCUCGCUGGAGCACGUCCGUCCCGGCAACGGGUACAAACCCAAUUUCAUCAUGUUCGAGAAGUGCGAGGUGAACGGGAAAAACGCGCACCCCCUCUUCACCUUCCUGAGAGAGGCGCUGCCCUUUCCGCACGACGACCCCUCCUCGCUGAUGACCAACCCGCAGUACAUCAUCUGGUCCCCGGUCUGCCGCAACGACAUCUCCUGGAACUUCGAGAAGUUCCUCAUCGGCCCCGACGGCGUGCCCUUCAAACGCUACAGCCGGCAUUUCGAAACCAUCAAGAUCCAGGAUGAUAUUGAAUUGCUUCUGCAGAAGGUUCCCAAGCACGUUCUCGAAUAAAGCUGCCCGGCCCCCUCGCUUCCUGCUCCGCCGGCUGCGCUCCUGCCCACUGCUCGCAGGGGGCUGCU